CAAAUGGUAGAAAUACUUUGUUUAAUUAAAUAAAUACAGCUUUAAUUAAAGCCAGUUAGAGAUUGAAAUAUCACAAUAUCAGUUAUCUCUACAAUACCCCAUACUGUUUGUUAAGUGCCCACUGAAGUAAUGACUGAAACGGGUAUACUAGACUGUUGUAAAAUGUAUUUGUAAUAUUUUAGAACAGUUUCAAAGAAUAAUAAAACGACGCAUUUUUUGAUGAGUGGUUUUUAGAAGACUUUAGAAAAAUACUGCUUAAUAAAGUGUACAUAACUGUUUAGAAUUACUGACGACUGUUUGUGAAAUCAAAUAAUGAUUGAAUUUUUAAAUUUUCAUUUGUUACCUAUAUAUUAGUAAAAAUAAUUGCUAAAAGUCGAGCAGUACUUCGUAUUAUUUUAUUAACGUAGGCACGAAAACUCGCUACGACAGUCGAGUAUACACCAGCCGCUUGGGAAAAUCACACUUUUUCCCUCUUGUUGUCUAUCCGGCCGUUAGUGUUUGUUUGGACACCGACCUCGCUUCAACUCCCCGACAUCCAAUAUAGAUCACUUAAAACAUCAUACAACGUAUAAAUGACGUUAAUUUUGUUGUUAAUUGCGAGUUUGUCAAACUCGGUACUCUCAUGGUAUCCAAAUGAAAAAAUAUUUUGGGCACCAGGGGAGUAUGGGUAUCAAGGAGUUCAUAACGGUCUGGAGCAUGCGAGGGAUUUUGUCAAUGAGUGGACGGUGGAAGUGGAAGGUGGUGAAGAAGUUGCACAGCUGGUGGCAUUAGAACUCGGAUACGUCUUUGGAGAGAAGGUCAACGGAUUCCCGGACACGUACACAUUUUUGAAAUAUGAACAUGAGAAACAGCGACGCACCCCCAGCCGCCACACGUCUACACUUGUCAAGGACAGGAGGGUCAGAUGGGCCGAGCAACUGUUCUCUAAAUCUCGGGUAAAACGUUACCCUAUACCGGAUCCAGACGCAGCAUUGCAAAGAGUAAAGAGACUAGAAGCCAAUGAUACAUUGCAGAAUAACAUAGUGAGCAGGCCUAGGGCUCCGUGGUUUAACGAUGAACUUUGGGGGCACGAGUGGUAUUUGCAAGAUACUCGAACAAUGCACAAUUUGCCUCGACUGGACUUGAAUGUGUUACCAGUGUACAUAAUGGGGUAUAAUGGUAGCGGUGUGCGAGUAUCCGUCCUCGAUGACGGCAUCGAACACAAUCACACGGACCUACGAGACAACUACGAUCCGGAGAUAAGCUGGGAUAGUAAUGAUGGCGAUUCAGAUCCAACACCGAGAUUGGAAGAUCUUAAAAGGAAUUCCCAUGGUACACGCUGUGCUGGCGAAAUUGCCAUGACUGCAAACAAUUUAAAGUGCGGAGUGGGUGUGGCUUGGGGGGCAAAAGUAGGCGGUGUUAGAAUGCUUGAUGGACGAAUAACAGACCGGAUUGAAGGAGAAGCAAUAGGAUACGCCUUGGAUAAAGUGGAUGUGUAUAGCGCUUCAUGGGGCCCUAAUGACGAUGGUCGCACAGUCGAAGGACCGGGGCGUCUUGCUAUUGAGGCAUUCAAACGUGGCGUCACGCAGGGUCGUGGUGGUAAAGGCGCCAUCUAUGUUUGGGCAAAUGGAAACGGUGGUGGCCACAGCGACAAUUGUAACUGCGAUGGGUAUUCGUCUAGUAUUUAUACGAUAUCUAUCGGGAGCGCAUCUCAACACGGUCUGUUUCCUUGGUACGGAGAAAUUUGCUCGUCUACCCUCGCUGCUGCAUAUUCCUCUGGUGCCUACAAAGAUCAGAAAAUUGCUACUACAGACACUGGCGACUCCUGUACGCUCGGGCAUACGGGCACGUCUGCUGCGGCCCCAUUGGCUGCUGGCAUCAUCGCUCUCGCUUUAAAUGCCAAUCCAAAUUUAACAUGGCGUGACGUACAGCAUUUGAUCGUUUGGACGUCAGAAUAUGCUCCACUUUCAGCUAAUCCUGGAUGGCAAAUAAAUGGUGCGGGGCUCUAUUUUGAUGUUCGAUUUGGUUUUGGGUUAUUAAAUGCUGGAGCCCUCGUGACAAUGGCACUGAACUGGACAACUGUUCCUAUUAAACAUGUUUGCCGCGUGGAUGCUGCAUCUUUUGGACAAGAUACACGUUUAUCUUCUGGGCAAAACAUCGAUGUUCUUAUACAUGUGGAAGAUGAUUGUGUUGUUAAUUACAUUGAACACAUUGAAGUACUGAUGAACAUUCGCUACGAUCGCCGUGGUGCGCUGGAGAUAUAUUUAGUUUCACCUCAAGGUUCCAAAGUUCAACUUCUCAGCGCUCGUCCUAAAGACACCUCGACAACAGGUUUUGUAAAUUGGCCUCUUAUGUCUGUGGCCACAUGGGGAGAAAAUCCUAAAGGUGUGUGGACGGUCAGGAUUUCUGACAAGACUUACGAAAAAAACUCCGGUGAAAUUGGACCAAUUAGUUUAGUUGUACACGGUACAACAGCCAUGCCAUCGCACAUGAAAAACGGGCCGAGGAUCUACAACGAUAAUUACAAUUACCAACAAGCAUUCGAAUUUUUCGAUAAUGUAGACGACAAAGGCGUUGACGUCGCGUCGAAUACCGUUACAGACGAUGAAGCUGUAGCUGCAGUACCAGGAGAACAUACAAGCGAAGAGGUUAACGAUUUACACGACAUAGAUUCUACUGUGCUAGCGGAAGUGGAAAAGGAGUUGCAACGAAUUCAUCAUAGAAAAGUAUAUAUGGCUCUGGGGUUGUAAAUGAACAGACAUACAUUAAAAUAAAUCGGCUUUGUAACAUUAUUAAUAUAUUAUAACGUUUUGUUUGUGUAUAUUAAUAACGGUUGUUAUUGAUCUCUAUUAGAAAAUUAAUAACUAUUUUACUACUGAACCAAUUUGUUUGGUACUUAGGUAACAUAUCAAAGUUGGAAAAUGAGAUUUUGUUUGCUCUAUAAUUAUGUGUAAUUUGCUUAUAAUCUGUAUACAAAUACUACUAUACUAUAUACUAUAUUAAUUAUGAUGACACACGAAAAAAUAAUAUAUCAAAUCAAAUACCGCUAGAAACCACCUUACAAUACGCCAUCGCUCGCGGAUAGCUCCAUCUAGCCGGUCGCUGAGCGGGGUAUUGCUGGCCAGUCUACAUUUAUUGCUGUCAUAAGAUUUACUUACACACUACUACAAGUUGGUAGUCUACAACAUGUACACAGAGAGUACCUAUUAAUGAAUAAUAUCAAAAUUAGUUAUAUUAUAGAGGGAACAAAGAGAGAAAAUAAAUUAUGCUCACAUUAA